AUGUCAGACCAAGAUGAACAAGAGGAAACGGAGUUCAUCGAGGAUGUAGAUGACGAAGAGUCGAACUCCCAGGCGGAGGAGACAGAAUCAGAUGCCAUAGAUGACGACGCCUCCGAAUUAGUAGAGGCGGAUGCGGCACUGGAGAAGUAUGAGGUAGUCUAUGACCAAAGCAUUGACAAAGUUGCUUUCCCGUACGAUGUAGUGGAGGAGGUCCAGCGAACUUGGGAGGCUUUUCUGCAACACGCAGGUUCCCCUGAGGCCGCGGGCGAAAUCAUUUUCAAUUGCUGGUGGGAGGCCGCCCCCUCCCUCCACUCGUACUUCGUAUCGCCUCGGGCGGUCCUCUUCCUUCGCAUCAUUCAUGGCAUAAGCCCCUGUGUUGCAGCUAUGGGGAACGCCACUCAGCUCAAAGUGGAGGUGGAGCAGAUCAGCUUUCGGCACCUGGACAGACCGGUAAAGCCAGCAGCUGUGGACAUUGUGCGUGAAGCCAUGCUGGAUAUGUGGGAGCAGGAGCUGGGCUCCAAUUUCACCAGACGGGCUCGGCAAGGGUGGCAGGCCUUGUUGAACUACAUGGGUGGUGCCUACUGUUUUGUGGGUCGCGAGUAUGCGGGCCGUGUACGAAUCAUUCAGAGGAGCUGGCGGACAGCAACCUCCAAAGCGAUGGAGGAAGAAGAGGAGGGGGUGGAGCCGAUGGAAGUUGCUGAAGAUGAUGUGGAAACCAAUAAGCAAGUGGUAACAGUAGACGAAGACGAAAGGGAGCACAGAAGAGACAGGGACAUGGAUGAGGAGUCUGACCUUGGGGGAAAGACUGCUGGGAAAGAGGUGAAAGUACCAACUACGUUCAGGGAUAUGUUUCUGUUCAAUGCUGCCGUGAUGGGCUUCGGCAGCAGUGAAUGGAUGAAUAUCAUCUUGGAACAGUUUGAUGCCGUGGUCGUCAACAUCGCGAAUUCGUAUCGUCUAAGCGAGGAGUGCGACGUGCUCACACUAGUCCUAUCAAAGUACGAGGGCACUGUUGUACUGAGCGAGUAUCGAUCCGUGAUGCUGGCCACGCUGCGAUCGCUGGCUCCAAAGGAGUGGGACAGUGAUCACGAGGUGGCUUGGGGCUGGCUCUGGGAGAACGUGGAGAAGAUACUGAAGGCCCAAAUGGGGAAGCCAAAGAUGCAGGAGAAGGCCUUGGAGCGAUUUAUAGGAGGCCUCUCGGAUGAGAUGGUGAACUACUUCCGCAAAGAGCUCUACAAGCGCUUCUUCACCAAUGCGCCUUCAGGCCAGGAUCACUUCAAGCAAUCAACUACGCGUCUGUACUUUUUGGCAGACCGCAUGGUGGAAACUACAAUGGAUAUGUUCCGUCAGCCCAGGAAGAUGGUACAGGAGAUCUCCGGUCUGGGCUUGCGGCAUGUCGGCUAUGGCAUCCCCACAGAGCUCUUCGGGCCGUAUGUGUCGGCUGCCGUGGAUGUUGUCCGUUCCAUGACAACUGAUGAAAAUGCCUUGUCUGGGUUCCGGUGGUCCCUCACGCUUGCCUCCAAGAUCCUAGUGCGAGCAGUGGGUGAGGGUGCCACGCUCGUCAUGAGGGCCAUCAACACGAACCAGGAGCUGGCUCUCAAGAAGGCCAUCGCCAUCGCGCCGCGUGGAAAGCGAGCUAUGGAACUUCUGAACAUCUCUGUAGGUACGCAGUCUAUCUCUCCUUUAUUUUGGGCGAUCGAAAGCGGUGCCCUCAACAGUGCGAGGGCUAUGAUUGUUGACUUGCUGACUAUCCGUGCAGACAGGGACGUCUACUACUAUGGCUGUGAUGACAUGUUCACACGGCACCCUGACAUCAUCCAGCGCUUGUGCAAAGAUGCGCCGACGCUUUUGUGGACUUUGUUAGACGGCCUCAUUUGGCGGUCCCGACUGACCUACCAGGGUCAGCGCCGUGUGAAUUACUAUGUCAAGCAUCUAGUGCAAGACCUGGAAGGCAACUGCAACCAUGCUCUCCAGUGGUUGGCUGAUCACAAGGACCCAAAGAUGAUUGUUCAUCCGGUGGUCAUUCUCUUCGCCGACCUCAUUUGGAACCGGCUUGCCAUGUACCACUUCCUUCUUGGGAGAUGCUACUUCCUGUUUGCCCUUUGUGUCUUCAUCACAAGCCAAGCUUUGCUCUUCCGACACGAUGGGACCGAGACUUUGGAGGAAAACAUUGUGAGAUUCGUGUGUCGAUGCUUCCUGUACUUUGGGAGCUUGACAAAGUUGUUCUACAACCAGUGCAAGCUCUUCUACACGGACAUGAAAACAAGAAACCUGAGGUGGGUUUACUUCUGCCCAGUUCCUAGAUACUUGAGCAGCCCGCAGCAUGCGGGAAACCUACUGCUGGUAAUCCUGUUGAUUCUCAUGUACAUUGAGGAGCCCAUCUUAUGGUGCGGAAUAUUCACCACAGACAAUCCAAUUGGCCCCUUGUUCACCAACAACUGCGAGGAAUCAGAGGCGAUAAAGGACAUUUACUCCAUAUUCUCGUGCUUCGCCAUGCUCUUGUACUGGACUCUCUUGAUGGAUUUCACACUUUUCUCCAUGCGCAUCUCGGCCUUCGUCCUCGUUUGUGGGCAUGUUCUUGCUGAUGUUGGCUUGUUUGUGCUCGCCCUUGUAUUUUUGGUCCUCGCCUUUGCAACCGCCAUCAGCUCAUUGAAUCAUGGCCUUGCAAACUUCAGUGGUAUCGACCCUUGGUUAGUCAGUCUCGUGCAGAUGACGCUGGGAAUGUUCCCUGCGCGCUCCUAUGAUGACUUUCAGUCUGAGGUGGCGGUGCUCACAGCUGUUUCCGUCUUCGUGGCGGUUGUCAGCAUUUUCUUGCUCAACCUUCUUAUAGCCCAACUCAAUCAGUCGUAUCAUGAUGUCUUCGAAGAUAUGCAAGGCUUCGCUCGGCUGAAUCGAGCAGGAGUCAUUGCGGUGACCCUGGAGCAGGUGCCUAGAAAAAACUGGAUAAGGUUCCGGGAGGGCCUUCAGUUCGAAGAACGACUAGAGUUCAACGAGGGCGACAUGGGCCUGGCAGGUGGAAUCCAGGUUUUGGAGCCUGCAAAUGCAAACCCUCUGACAGAAGACACCAUCCGACGUUAUGGCGGCUCCACUGCCCCUACCAUGCCGUGGCCACAAGAGCACAGCGAGGACGCACAGGAGGAGGACAAGUUUGAGCGCUUGGAAAAGUUGGUUCUUCGUUCUACCAAGAAGAAGAGGAGAGGCGGCGAGUCCUCAGGAGGUGGUAGCAUGGCAGACUCUUCCUCAGCUGCGGGCCAUUCUGAGGGUAGUUCCAAGGGAUCUGUGCAGAGCUCCUAA